CGCUCCCCGCCGCCGCCGCCCGCCCCGCGCUCCCAUGGCGCUGAAGCGGAUACAGAAAGAACUAAGUGAUCUGCAGCGAGACCCACCGGCCCACUGUUCUGCCGGACCUGUUGGAGAUGACUUGUUUCAUUGGCAAGCAACAAUUAUGGGACCUCCUGAUAGUGCAUAUCAAGGGGGAGUAUUUUUUCUCACAGUACACUUUCCAACAGACUAUCCUUUCAAACCACCAAAGAUUGCUUUUACAACAAAAAUAUACCACCCAAACAUAAACAGUAAUGGGAGUAUUUGUCUUGAUAUCCUGAGAUCGCAGUGGUCACCAGCUCUGACUGUAUCUAAAGUUUUAUUGUCCAUAUGCUCCUUACUUUGUGAUCCUAAUCCAGAUGAUCCUUUAGUACCGGAUAUUGCACAGAUCUACAAGUCAGACAAGGAAAAAUACAACAGACAUGCAAGAGAAUGGACUCAGAAAUAUGCAAUGUAAACUUGUGAAGACUUUUUCAUAUACCACAGAGUACUGUAAAUUCUAGGUUUUUUUCAAAAUUAGAAGGAAAUGGAGCACAGUUUACUGUUUCAAUGUAUCAUGAUGCCCCUUGAAUUUUUUCACCCAUGUAAGUGUGUUUCUGGAGCAAGGGAGAACAAACUUCCAAAAAUAACCUUAUGACUGUGAUAAGAAUAUUUAUCCUCUUUGUAUGCUUUGCAGAAGACAUUUAUUAUGGUUUUUAAGAGUUGGACAUCUGCAUCUUCAGACUACGAGAUCCAUAAUGCAGUUGUAAAGCAACCAAAUUAUUUUUGCUGGAAAAAGUAGCUGUUUUUAUGUGAUGAAUACUGUAUGUGUGUCCUUAAAGUACAUUGUCCAUUUCAUAAGUGUGUUCAGAUUUCAUUUUGUUGGUUCACUUAUAUAAUUUGUAUUUUUUUUACUGUAUAGACUAAAUAUUUUAUUUACCAUGUAAGUCAUUUCAUUUUAGACUUACUUGCUUGUGCACAGUAUUGACAAGAUACAACUGCUAGUAAUGAAAAUAAUUGGAGUAUCCCACCCGUUAGGAUAUUCUAAAGACUGACUGCAGAUUUCUUAAAACCUGAAAUGAUCUUUGCACUGUAAUUCUUUGUACGCUGAUUAUGGAGAAACACUUGUUUUUGAUUCUGUUGCAUACUUGACUUAAUUUUAUUGCAAUGUGAACUAAUUGCACUGCUAUGUAGAAAGAUAUGUAACCGUUUUGUUGCUAUUCACAACUGAUUUUUGACGUGGGCAACAUAACACUAUCACAGACCUUUUACAAAUCUAAAUGUAGCCUUUUCCAUAUAAAUAAAAUGCAUUUUCUACUACUUGUCUUGGCUAUUUUUUUUUUAAAUCAUGCAUAUCCAUAAAGUGCUUGUUCUAACAUUAGAGAAUCAAAAUAUUAAGUGUGCAUGUGUCUUGUAGACAAAAGGGAAAAUAAAGCCGUGCAUCACAUACUACUUGGAACUGUGUCGCAAUUAAUUUUUAUGCUAGCUUUAGCCUAAUUUAUUUAGCAUGCUCUGCCCAUUGUUUUAUAUAGGAUUUCAACUAGUUUAAUGACAUAUUACAUCUAUAUUCAUUUAUGGAGGAAAUACCACAGUGUUUGAACAUCAAACACUUCCGUUAAGAUGGUGUAUUUGCAAUAUCGGAAUAUUACAGUAAAAUUCUCACACUUGAAGCUAGCUUUUCCAUUAACUGGCAUUUCAGUUGCUUCAGACUAUGCAUGUGGAAAACCAGUAGUGCUGGAGAGGGGCAAUCUUUUCUUAUGAAGUAGAUUAAAAGCAGAAAAACUUUGAUUUCCUACCAUACAUUCUUCAUGGGUAUCUGAAAAUAAAAAUGCGUGACUCAUGUUUUUCUCCGUACCUUGCACAUGAAAGAGAAGUGACUUGCAGUUGGGAAAUUUGUUGUCAUAAAAUACGUUUUCAAGAUGACAAAAAUAUUUGGGUUCUUUUUACUGUAAUGAAUGCCAAACUGGAAUUUGGGGUGUGGGCGGGAAGUGUGCACAGUAGGAGCUUUUAUUCCUACCAGUGGCAUAUUGUUAUCUUCGUGCUUGCUGACUUACUGACCCAAGUGGCGUAAGUUAGUCACGUAUGGGAAAAUGUCACUCCUGUGCUAUAGUUUUAUCUGUGAUGUAAUGAUGACUUGUGAAACAAAAGCUUGAUGGAGAGCGGCUCUAUUAAUCUUGAAAUAUCCUUGUUCACUUCAGAUUGUAAGCUGAAUAAAUGUGGGGUGUUUUGUUACUAAAAUGAGUGCUUUAUUAUACUUGAACUAGGACAAUGUAGCUAGGAAGGCAAAGCCAUUGUUUAUACUUAUUGCUAAAAUGGUGGUAGAAAACUUUGGCCAUCAGAAUGUGUUCCCAGAGCUUUUAUUUUUUCUAGAUCGGUAGUAAUACGUUUGUACUAGAAGUUAUUUAAAUGUUUGCAAUAUCUGUAUUGAACUGUGUGAGAUUGGAAGUUUGCCUUGCAUCUCGGAAUACUCACUUUCUUUUGGUUUACUGAUUUGUAUUAGGGGAUGGUUUGAAAACAUUUGUAUUUCAACUGGUAACUUUUCUGCUGUGUGCCAUACCUGCAAGAAUGACUUUCCAUCACAGUGCAAGACCAGCAGGAUGAUCAAAAAAAAAAAAAAAAGACCUACAACACUGAGUAAGGCAUUCUGCCUACAGCAUAUUUAAAGACUAAAAAAAAGUUCUGUCUUAUGAACGUGCUGUUUUAGAGGCAUGAAGCUAAGUCUUUGAUUCUUAAUGACCCUCCUAGCAGUUCAGCCUUUCUGCUUUUGAAAUGAUAUCUGAGAUAAAUACAAUGUCACUUAAAAUUUCAGCCUUUCAAAGAGUUGGCUGGAUUUCAUCUACGGAGGCAAACAUCUCCGCUACUACUUAUUCAGAGUUCCUCUGUUAAUGCUUUUUACAUCAAUGCUAUUUUAAGGGGUGGGGGGAAAUUAUAGCUGAAAGGUUACUCCAUCCUGUGUUGUUUACUAUGAUGGAAAAAAUUGCAUCAUCUCUGCAUCCUUUUUCCCCCCUUCCCUCCUGCUCAGAGCUGCAGUGUCUCCCGUUCCAGGCACGCAGAUACCCUGUGUGCUCUGCCUUUGACACAGCCGCAGCCAAAGCCUUGCUAUUAGGAGGAAAGCAGUGAAACUGUACCGUUAGUUUUUGGCCACAGCUCAUCCACUUCUGCUUCGUUAGUUUUUGAUCUCUGUAUUGUUUUCUGCCUGCGGCCUAAUACAAUAAACGUGGAAGAAUACUA